AUGAAGAGUUUGGGCAAACUUCACAGCGACACAGAGCAGCUGCUAACAUCUUUAUCAAACACUCGUCCAUCCCUCACUCUGAGUAAACAACAUUGGAUUGAAGAAAGCAGUGAAGGGCAUCUUUUACUGGAAGAAAAACAGACUUGUUCAAAGAAGGGUGAAGUACGGGAGAAUGGAAAACAAAGGAGAAGCCCAAGAGCCAAAUACAUACCUGAGGGCAAAGAGUCAUACACAUUAACUGACCUCAGUGAUGUAUCCUUACCUCCUCAUACAACGGCCAUUUCCAUUGAUGACCUCUCUCCAAACUCACCCAGCAACCAUCAGCCUCUCUCCUCCGAACGGCCCUCCACGGCUUCCCAGCGCACUGUUAAAGCCCUCAAGAGAUGGCUGAGCAGCCCAGUUCGACGGCUGAGUCUGGGAGGAAAAGGCAAAGGUCACACCUCAAAGUCGAUUCAGAGCCCAGAAGGAUCAGCCUACAUGUUCCUCCCUCUCUCACCUACCCAAAGUCCACUGAGUCCAGGAGAGAGGUCUGAAAAACUACCCCACACCUACAUAUCACUGGACUGUGAUGAGCUUUCCGUACUAGCCUCUCCAGACAGCCCCUAUUACCCCAGAUACCUAAAUGAUCUACUGCAGAGUCGUCACAACUUGCUCCAUGGGGACAAUGCUCCGUCCAUGACUGCUGAGGAAUAUUUACGAUCAGAGGGUUCAGAGAGUGAUGAAGAAGCUAGAAACACUGCCUUGGAGAAAAGCAUAUAUGUGUUGAAUGAGCUGGUUGAGACGGAGAAGCUGUAUGUGGAAGAUCUGGGGCUUGUAGUGGAGGGUUAUAUGGCCACAAUGAACACUAUUGGGGUACCUGAGUAUCUGGAGGGAAAGGAUAAAAUUGUAUUCGGGAAUAUACAUCAGAUCUAUGACUGGCACAAGGACUUUUUCCUUGGUGAGUUGGAGAAAUGUGUGUGUGAACCUGAUUUGCUGGCUCAACUUUUUAUCAAACAUGAGCGGAGGCUUAACAUGUAUGUGAUCUACUGUCAAAACAAGCCAAAGUCUGAGCACAUUGUUUCAGAGUAUAUUGAGACCUAUUUUGAGGAAAUGAGACAACAGCUGGGUCACAGGCUGCAGUUAAAUGACCUGCUUAUCAAACCAGUUCAGAGAAUCAUGAAAUAUCAGCUGCUCCUUAAGGACUUUUUGAAGUACUACACUAAAGCAGGCAGGCAGACAGAAGAGCUUGAGAGGGCAGUGGAGGUGAUGUGUUUUGUUCCAAAGAGAUGUAACGACAUGAUGAAUGUUGGAAGACUUCAAGGUUUUGAGGGCCAGCUGAAUGGACAAGGAAAGCUGUUGCAGCAGGACACCUUCAGCUUAAUUGAAAAUGAGAACAGCAUUCUCUCCCGUCCCAAAGAGAGACGAGUCUUCCUCUUCGAGCAGCUUGUCAUCCUUAGUGAACCAAUUGACCGCAAAAAAGGCUUUUCCCUGCCAGGAUACAUCUAUAAAAAUAGCAUAAAAGUCAGUUGUUUAGGCAUUGAGGACCGUUGCACUGACGACCCAUGUCGGUUGGUGUUGACGUCUCGUAAUGUUGAUGGAAGCACGCACCGAUUUAUCCUGUAUGCAUCGUCCCCAGAAGUCAGAUUAUGUUGGGCAAAUGACAUCAUACAGAUUUUAGAAUCACAACGCAACUUCUUAAAUGCCCUACAGUCUCCUAUUGAAUAUCAGAGGCAAACAAUUAAAUCUCUUAGCUUGGGAAAGAACAUGACAGAAGCACAGUCGCUAGAUUACGGCCUACAACCCUACAGCUCUGCCUCCGUUGACCGCCAGCGUCUGCACUCCUGGAAUUCUUCACAUCCCUCUCUGCCUCAUUAA